CAAUAGAAAGCCGUCUUGAAAUUGACCAAUCAUAUUCCAGUGUUAUACAACAUGCUAAAUAACAAGUUUAUCACAGCACAAUUCAUGCUUUGUCGAAAUGUAUACAACAAUGAUUUCAAAAAUUACGUCAUACUAACUAACUAAAAUAUACCUCAAAUGAACCAUAAAAAUCUAUCACAAUCACAUAAUAUUAAACUGAAUACGUCAGAUGAUGAUUGCCCAUCAGGUGAUUAUGAAAUGUCAACUGAUUAUAUAAACGACGACAAAGCGAAUCAAGCCGAAGAAGUCACUAACUGUUGUGACAACACUGAGAAAUGUCCAAUGACAUGGAAUGGUGUACAACAACAACAAGUCACUGACCGAUUUCCUACUCCACCUCAAAGUCCUAUAAAAAGAAUUAGUAGUACUAGUAGUAGUGCGCAUAAAACGAAUAAAACGCUUCAACAAUGUCCGCCUGCUUCACCGCUUUCAGGAAAAGAUGAUCCAUCGAGUGAUCCCUCCGUAAAAGUGACAACCAAUGAAGUUGGUAAAAAUUGGAAAAAUGUUAAAAACACUAUGAGAUUUGUAUUGUCAAAUAAAUUAAAAAAUAAAUAUGAUUAUGAGGAUUCACGGAGAGAUUCGUUUAUGUCAAGGUUUUCCACACAACGACGUGGAUCUUAUACACAGAAUCGUGAAAAUGAUCAUCGAUUUGAAAAUCCUCAAUUCUCGUGUUAUCUUAAACCUUUUUAUAAACCUGGCAUUCACAGUAGUAAUAACAAUAAUGACAAUGCUACUAAUAAUAACAACAAUAAGAUGAUCAAUGAUAAAGGCACAUCGAAUGAUGAAUUCUUCCAGACAUGGUUUGUGCAUACACCAGAAAGUGAUGAGAAACAAAUUGAAGUGGAACAGCUAAUUAAAUCCACUCCACAACAUGCACCAUUAGAAGAAGAUGCUUCAAUCGGCGGUAGGCUAAAAUUAGAGUCUUCAACUACCAGUCAAAGUUGUGAAUCACAGUCUCCGGUGAAAAUCAGCACCAGCAGCAGCUAUCAAAACUCGAAAUAUCAUGAGAAUAAAAUACCAACAGAUUAUGUAAAUAAUAUGUUAAUGUUUUUUGAACGACCUCUGGGAUUCUUUGUAUUCCACUCAAAUAGUUACGGUUAUCUUAUCUGGUUAACAUUUGUCUCAUUAGCCUUAUUGUAUAAUCUAUGGGCACCGAUAGCACGUCAAGCUUUUACAGAAUUACAAACCACUUAUCAAAUUCUUUGGUUUAGCCUGGAUGCUUUAGCCGAUUUAUCCUAUCUUAUUGAUAUAUUUGUUCAGUGUAAUACAAGCUAUUUGAAAUGUGGUCUAAAAGUUCGUGACCAUCAGAAGUUGGCGAUACGUUAUGUUAAGUCGUAUGCAUUUCUAUUUGAUAUAUUCUCAUUACUCCCGUUGGAUUUGUUACAGUUGAAAAUCGGUGUCCAGCCAAUGUUACGUUUUCCAAGAUUUUUAAAAUUGUAUCGAUGUCGUGAAUGGAAGGUGCGAGUAGAGAAUCGGACUAUCUUUCCAAAUUUAUGGAGAGUAUUAAAUUUAAUACAUAUUCUAUUCUUAGGAUGUCAUUGGUUUGCAGCCUUCUAUUAUUUGCUAUCAAAGUAUGAAGGAUUUAAAAAUCCAUGGGGAUAUCAACCGAAUGAACAUGGUGACAAUGAUACUAUAUCAAGGAUAUAUUUGAAAUCUUUUUAUUGGGCCACAUUAACACUGACGACAAUUGGGGAUCUCAGUGCACCGACGAGUAGUAUAGAGGUUCCGGAUCACGAGGAUUCAGUAUCCAACUUAUGGUUGACAUUCACAAUUGUGUCUUAUCUAACUGGAGUAUUUGUGUUCGCUACAAUUGUUGGCCAAGUAGGAAAUAUUAUUACUACAAGAAAUGCUGAUCGAAUUGAAUUUGAAAAAAUCUUGGAUAAUGCAAAAAGUUACAUGCGGGCUAAUUCAGUGAGUAAAGACUUACAAAGUCGUAUACUUCGGUGGUAUGAUUAUGCAUGGUCAAAAGGAUGUGGUGGCGGCGGUCAGGAUAUUAACACAAUCGGUCUGUUACCUGAUAAACUGAAAACAGAAUUAGCGUUAAAUGUUAAUUUGGAGACAUUGAAAAAGGUGACAAUAUUCCAUGAAUGCAGGCCAGAAUUUUUACAUGACAUUGUCUUAAAAAUGCGACCACUUGUAUUUACACCCGGUGAUUUAAUCUGUCGGAAAGGAGAAAUUGCCCGUGAAAUAUUUAUAAUCGCUGAUGGUGUACUUGAAGUUAUAAGUGAAACCAAUGAAGUACUAUCACGAAUGAGUGCAGGUGAUUUUUUCGGUGAAAUUGGUGUACUGAACGUUGACGGUGUAAAUAAGAGAACAGCUGAUGUACGUGCUGUUGGAUACGCCGAGUUGUUCGUUUUGUCCAGAGAAGAUAUACUGAAGGCCUUAAAAGAUCAUCCAGAAGCUGAGGUUGUCAUACGAAAACAUGCAACCCGCCGGUUGUAUGAAACCCGUGAACGUCAAUACGCCUAUUAUAUGCAUGGGAAGAAGUCAACCACUUCACAUGGUUCAAUCAAUAGAACAUCAAACCAAACUGGUUUUUCACAAGAAGACAAUGCUGCAGUGAAAUUUGAAAUACCACAGAUUGUAACUCCACAAAGUUCAAUAACAGAAAUACUUCAUGACAAGGAUAAUAAUUCAACAAUUCAAAUGGUGUCAACCUACUCUUCUAAUCCAUCAGAGAUGACUCCAAAGAAUUCUAUUGAUAUAAGUGAUGCGAUUCGCUUAUCUGAGGCAUUGGAUCAAUUCGCGGACAGAUGGGAAUCAAUCCUGAUGAAUGUGAUCAAGAAUUAUCGUAAAGAGAUAAAUGUAUUACGUGAACAAAUCCUUCAGUCGAACAGAACAAACACAAAUUAAUAAAAAAAACAUGUUUUAUUAAUAUUAUUUCUACAUAAAUUCACCUCUUAGACCAAUGAGCCUGCUAUGCCUUGUCUCUCGCAUUAUGUACAUUCUACUCUCUCUCUUUUUAUAUAAAUAUCCAUUCAACAUGUUUGAUUCCCUUGCUCUUGUGUACAUAAAUUCAUAUAACGUUACUUCAUUACAAAAUGUCUUUCCAUUUUUCACCAGUAUUCAUCCAUAUAUCAACAACACACAUAUAGACAUACACAUGCUUAGAUGCACGCCUCAAACAUUUGAUAAAUUUAAUUGUAUAUUAUUAGGAGAAAAAUGCUGAAAAAUACAAAUUCCCAACCGAUG